AUGCAACGAGCUAAAAGAAAAAAGGUAAAAGGCAAAGGUAAAGGUAAAGGUAAAAAAACAAAGAAAGUGAAAAAGAGAUGUUUGAACGAAAGGGAAACUUUAUCGUACGAGCAAGAAAUAUUAGAAAACAACAGACAAUUGGCACGAUUAAGAAGUCGAAACGAAGAACUGGAAGAGGAAGCGGAAGUUGCUGAAGGGAAACUCCGCCAACUUGAGGAGGACCGUUCGGAUGUGAUCGCACAUCUGAAGAGAAACUUGGAAGAGAAAAUCCAAGAAGCGAAAGAACUUAACGAACGACUCACAGCGUUGGAGGAAUUACGGAAGGAUGAAUUGGCUGCGUACAAGAAAAAAGAAGAAGCAAUGGAACUUGAAUAUCGCAACAUGGAGAACAUGCUUAGCGCAGAAGUUAAAUUGGCUGCUGGUAAAUUAAACGCCCUGGAAGAUUGGCGACUGGCGCGUCUUGAUUUAAUGGUAAAAUAUGAAAAGCAAGAGGAAGAAAUGGCCGAGCAAGAGGAGCGCCACAAGGAAGCGCUUUAUGAAGCUGAAAAAUCCGUAGUAAUCGGGAAAGCGACGAUGCAGAAGGAAAUGAAUAAACGUUUGCAAAUUCUAUCCGAAGAGCUUCGAAAAUCGACGACUCUGCGUAUGGCGGAAAUUAUGCACCGUGCAAUUAGAGAAAAUGUCGCGUUAAAUAGAGAGCUUGAUAACAUGUUGAAGAUCAAUAAGGAGCUAGAAAGUGUUAGCACCGAACGCAGGAAAACGGAAGAAACGUUGAGACUGAAGAGUCAGUUAUUUGAAGCUGAGUCAAAGAUUACAUUGAAAAAAGUGUUGAAACAAAGAGAUGUUAUUCACAAAAUAGCAAACGAUUUUCAAGAUCUGUUGAUACGUUAUACAGAAGCAGAGAAAUACAAUACUCGAUUUGCGGGUUUACAAAAGAUUCUAGAUGAUAUUAUUGAAGGAACUAACGAGAAGAAAGAUAAACAAAUUCAAGCUCUCAAAAAAGACAUUGCAAUGGCUAUGAAUUACAGGCAGCAUUUGUUAGCAGAGAUUCAGGAAAAGGAGAAACAAGUGGAAUCACUGAAGGGUAUUCUAAACCGUGUGAAAAGCCUGCUUGAUGAGGCUUUACAAGUUACAGAAGAUGCUAUUAAUAAACAGCAAUGCAUUGAUUGUAUAGGUGAAAAAUUGUUGCAUUCUCUGUACGACAUAUUACAAACUGAAAAUCUUAUUAAUGUGAUAGAGUAUACUCCAUCAGAGAUUGAAAACAUUGAUUGUCAAUACAGAACAGGCUAUUUAGGCUUUGUUGAGCCUUUGAAACCCUGUAAAGACUGUGGAAAACAAGAAACGGAAUCAGAAGUUGAAGAUUCAGAAGAAAAAAUAUCAUUGGAAGAUUUGGAACAAAACGUACCGUCUUGUCUAUUAAGUGUUAUUAGUUCUAGUAUUACAUCUCACAAAGAAGAAUAAAUUAUUGGUUUUGAAUAAUGUAAUAAAGUGGAUGAUUUA